AUGGCCGGUGUACCUCACCCCAAUGCAACUGUGGCUAUCUCAACUAGACCGAGUCGCACCUUUGCAACUUUUUUUGCUAAAGCAUUAGCAACAUAUCCACCACAGGAUAUUUCGAACCCCCCUAUAAACCCUAAGAAGGUUAGUUUUUUCAAUGGGACACCAGAACUUGAAUAUGAUGAUGAAGAGUUUGAAGAACUAAUUGCUCCUCACAAGGUGAAUUUAGUGGGAAAAUUUUCUUAUGGAAGACCGAAAAUAGAUGUCUUGCGCGAGGAAUUCAAAAAAAUUGGUUUCAAAGGAUCAUAUCUUCUUGGUCUUAUGAACCCGCGACACGUUUUGAUUCGGUUUGAAUUGGAGGAAGACUAUCAGCGUUGUUGGAUUACAUCUUUAUGGACUAUAUGCGGCUAUCAAAUGCGCAUUUUGAAAUGGCAGCCGGGUUUCAAGUUUGAAGAAGACCCACCGAUCGUUCCCAUCUGGGUUUCUCUUCAUGAGCUUCCUUUCGAAUGGACGCAUCCGAGGGUUUUAUUUUCCAUAGCCUCUGCUGUUGGAAAGCCCCUUCAAGUGGAUACUCCAACCCUCAAUUUGACAAGGCCGUCUGUUGCGCACUUUUGUGCUGAGGUUGAUCUAACUAAAAAGUUACCGAAGUCGAUUCGGAUUGGAAAGAAAGGAAAAAAAUAUGAGCAAUAUUAUACGUAUGAAUAUGUUCCUUCGUACUGCUCUGCUUGCUGUAAGAUUGGACACAGAGAUGUGGAUUGCCGAAAAAAAAAAGUCAACUGGGGUUUGAAAAAAGGGGAAAGGAAGACGGAUUUGGAGGUGGAGAUUAUCAGUGAAGACCCUUUCAUCGUAAAAGCCCCCCAUGAUUCUGGUAGUAAAAUGGUGGAUGAUAACGUUCUUGCUGUUACUGAAGCUCAAGUUGAUGGCGACUCGCGACUUAGAUCCAAUGCGCAAGGGGAUUUUGUUUCUCUACGCGAAUCUACCCAACUUGCAUCUCCGGAGGCUAGAGUUGCUGAUGCUUUGCGACUAGAUACCGACACGCAAGGGGAAGUUGGUUCUCUAGCGCAAACAACUCAACUCGUAGUCCUGUCGGAUGAUGUUUUGAAUGACUGCUCUGAGAUGAAUAAGACAGCACCGGUUAUGCAAGCAAAUAAAUUUGUGAUCCUACAAAGUUGUGAUGAUAACCGCGAUGCGAUUGCUGAUAUUGUCCAGGAAAAUGCUGAUGAAGAUUCUGAUGAUGUUGAAAAUGUAUUCAUGAAAGUUAUCCCUGCAAACCAGUUGGUCCUUAUGGAAAAUGUAGAUACGAAAAACGUAGCUAAUGAUGGUCAGGACCCUAAACGUUUUUAUCCAGAUGACUCUUUCGUUGCAGAUCUACUUGUUUCAGAUGAUGGUGACGAUGCAUAUGAAGAAAGUUAG